AUGGAGGAAUUGAUUGAAGAAAUAAAAAGUAAGAAAAUUCUCCACUGGAAUUACCGAGGGUUUGAGGAACUGCCUUCAGUGCUUAAACACCACGGACAUGAGGUCUGUGAGAUCUAUUUGAAGGAAAAUAAAUUGACAUGUUUACCUCCUUGGAUAUGUGAUUUUAGUAAUAUAACAAACUUGUACUUGUCCGGCAACAAGUUAAGUAAAUUUCCAGAGGAAUUGUCGAGGAUGAAUCAGUUGUUAGUUAUCGAUUUGUGUGAUAAUAAUAUUGAGGUACUGCCACAUAGUAUUCAAAAUUUAUCAUCUUUACGUCAGUUGUUACUUGAUGAUAAUUAUUUAAAUCAAUUACCUGUAGAAUUAUUAAAACUAGAACGCUUGGAAAUUUUAUCAUUAUCAAGAAAUAAUUUCAUCACAUUACCAGAAUGGCUGGGGUCAUUAAAAAAAUUAGAUAAAUUAAUAGUCGAUAAUAAUAACUUAGAAGAGAUACCAAAUCGCCUGACACUAGCGUGUUCACUUACCGCAAUCUCCGUUAAAUCAAACAGAUUAAGAUAUUUACCUCUAAACUCGUUUAUAUCGCCCGUUAACAUAAUUUUCGACUGCAAUCCGAAUAUCAACUACUUAUCGUACCCGAUUUUGUGCCAACUGCUGGAGCUCGGUUGGGAAGAUGGAAAAAAUUGCUUGAUCAAUGGAUGCAAACUGGCGAUGAGCGUGAAUAAAAAUAUUAAAUUGCUGGUUAAUUUAUGC